UCAAACAAACUAUGUAAUGAUUCUUCACUCGGUCUGCGGGGCUUCAGUUUCAAAUUGGUUUCAUCGGUUUCCACAAUUCAUGUUCCAAACCCUAAACAAAAUAUUCAAUAAAGAAAUUUGAAGCCGCCGUUUUGUAACUUUGACAUCUCCAAAGGACAAGGUAUCAAUAGAAGAAAAAGUAGGAAAAUUGAUUAUGAAGACAAGAAACAAGAGACAGAGGCCGAGUAGAAAAGAUAGAGAAGGGAAGAGGGACAGACUGAGUGAAUUGCCUGACUGUGUUCUGAUCCACAUGAUGGAGUUUAUGGACACAAAGCAUGCUGUUCAAACCUGUGUAUUGUCUAAAAGAUGGAAGGAUCUCUGGAAACAGCUCACCACUCUUGCAUUUAACACAUUGUUCUUUAAUAAUGUUGUCAAUUUCAGCAAAUUUGUGUCUCACGUUCUGUCUACACGUGAUGGUUCCCUUUCACUGCUUAAUGUUGAAUUCACCCGUCGCGGUUAUGCUCAGCCCCACCUCCUGAAUAGGCUCAUGAAAUAUGCAUCUGGGCACAAUGUUCAACAGUUGACAAUCUUUAUAACUUUGAAUAGCAAACCCAGUUUUGAUUUUCGCCAUUACAUCUUUUCCUGUGAGACCUUGACAUUUCUUAAACUUUCUGUUAGUACUUAUGAUUCUUCUAUGAUAGUACUUCCAGAGUAUCUGUACAUGCCAGCAAUAAGAACCAUGCAACUUAAGUCUGUCAGUUUUACUGCAUAUGGCUGUGACUAUGCUGAACCAUUUUGUUAUUGUCCCGUGUUGAAUACUUUGAUACUUGAAGGUUGUUCCUUGCAUAAAGAUCAAAAUUUCCUCCGUAUAUCUAAUUCAAACCUUUCCAAUCUGACCCUGGAUGGUAGCUUUGAAGCAGGAUUUUUCCCAGUUGAUCUUUGUACUCCAAACCUUACUUCUCUCACUCUAUCGGGUCAUACUGAUAAUCCAUUAAUUGGCUCACCCAAUCUUUCUUUACUCGAGGAGGUAACCAUUGGGUCACUUGGAAAUAUAGGUUAUCACAAGACAGAGUUACUCAUCAUAAGCUGGCUGGAAGGGAUAAGAAAUGUAAAGUUAAUGACAGUGUCUCUGAGCGCUCUUGACAUAAUACUACAAGAUCUAUCAAAACCUCUUUCAGCGGGCAUUCAACCUCCUUGUUUCCCUCAAUUGAAGACAUUGAUGGUGAAGAAACUACCAUACGAAGAACUAUCUGAUGAUAGAUUAAAAAGAUCAUUGAAAUACCUACUUCGGAACUCUCCAGUGGCCAGAAUUGAGUUUGACUACGAUCAUGAUGAUGAUGAAGAAGAUAUACAUGCUUAGCUCUGGGGGUAUAAAAUUUUUCAAAUUGUUCAAUUUUACUUUGUUCAUGUUUCUGUUUUUGAACUUAUGUAGCAAGUUAUGGAUUGUGUUUGCGGUGUCUUUAAUGUUCUUUUUUUCUUUUUCAAUUUAGCAGAUGAAAUUUAUAAAAUUUAAUAAGCUACUACUAAGAGUAACCGUGUUUGAAACACAAUUUUCAUUGUUUUGAUGUUGAAGUUGGAGGCUUUGGAAUGAUGAGAAAAAUAUCUGCUUGCGACUGAAUUGAAACUGCAUUAGGAAUUUUGUUUGGGUACCUUUCAAAUGACAAUGAUAGUAACUAGAGCUAAAUCAUCUAACGGCCCAAUGUUUAAUACAAAAGUGAUUGAAAGACUAUCAAAGUUAUUAAGUGGUUGUAAUCAGCUCGAUAUAUGUUAUAUUUUAAACCUAACUUCUUUGGA